ACAAAUUUUAAUGAAGUGUGUUCUGUUUAGUGUUUGUUUUAAUUUGGUUUUUCUAAUUAGUGGUGUACAUAAUGCAACUGUGGAUGAAAAAAUUCGUGAAGAUCCGGAUUUAUCUCAGUUUUAUUCGUUGCUGGAAGCAAGUCCUAUAGCAAAUAUAUCAUUACUACAUCGACAUGUGACAAUUUUCGCACCAACAAAUCAAGCAUUUCAAAAGUACAAAGGACGUACUGAUGUGUUAUACCAUAUAGCAAAUCAAUUUAUCACAUUGGAUGAUCUUGCAUCCAAAACAUCAGUAUCCACAGAAAUGGAAGGAAAUCCACCAUUAUGGAUUACCAUACGACCACGUGAAUAUAAUAACGAAAUUUAUAUAAAUAAUGCACGAAUUCAUCGAGGCCGAUCUGAUUAUGUUGCACCGAAUGCACGAGGAAUUAAACAGGUGUUACAUAUUAUCGAUGAAGUAUUAGUACCUGUCUUAACAACAAACACAGCCGCAUAUCCCGUCUCAAAUCCAGAUGCAUUUUUAUUUUUAAAUCAAACGGAUAAUAUUGAUGUGGGUGAGCAUCGUGUACGAUCAUAUCGUCAUCGUGUACAAAUUGCACAAAAAGAGAAUGUGUUUAAAAAGGAAGGACAUCAUACAUAUUUCAUUCCUGUUGAUGAAGGAUUUAAACCUCCAACCAGACCCGACAAAAUCGAUGGUAAAGUGAUUGAUGGUCAUAUUAUACCCAAUCAUGUUUUAUUCACUCAUGCGUCAACAAAUUUUCUUGAAUAUCAAACAUUGGCAUUUGGCGAUAUGCUUGAAGUAACAAUAUCAUUUGAGACAACUACUGAAGGAAAAAAUGAACGUACCAUGGUUAAAAGUAACACACUCCAAGGAAAUUCAAACUUCGCUGCUGGUGUUGUCUUAGCUGAAAUUGUCAAAGCCAACAUUCCUGUACGAAAUGGUGUUGUACAUUUGAUUCAACGCCCAUUAAUGGUUGUCGAUACAAAUGUCACCACAUUUUUAGAGUCUUCUAAGGACAUUGAACAUCAAGAUGGACCAUUGUACAAAUUUUACAAUUUAGUUAUGGAUUUCGCACCAGAAUUUAUGGAUAAAUUAAAUAAUAUGCGUGAUUUAACAUUAUUCGCACCCAGCAAUGAAGCAUUAAAUGAAACAGAACAUUUAAGCACCGAUCGAAACUACUUACGCGAAAUUUUGAAUUUGCAUUUGGUUAACGAUCGUCUUCCAUUGGAGAAAAUUGAGAAGAGUAAUAUUCAUACAUUAUUCCAGGUUCAGACUGCUGCAAUUGGUAAAACUUUGUAUUUUAAUGUUGUAAACACCGGCACAGAAAAAGUUCUCAGCGUUGAAGGUGGUGGCGUCAAUGCAACUGUUGUUCAACCAAAUAUUGCUGCAACAAAUGGUAUUGUCCAUAUUAUCGAUCGGGUGUUAGGAGUUCCAUAUACAAGUGUUUUGGAAAAAUUACGUACUGAUCCAAUGUUAAAUGAUACAUUCGUUUUGGGUAAAGCCAACCGAUUCAACGACCAAUUGGCUGAUCGUACCAAACGAUUCACAUAUUUCGUACCACGUGACAAGGCAUGGAGAGAAAUUGAAAUUAUGUAUCCAUCAACUCAUAAGAAAUUAUUCAUGAAAGAAUUCGCAUAUCAUGCUACAAGUAUUCUUGAACGACAUUUAGUAAUUUCCGAUAUUCCAUUCACAAUGAAACAAAUGCGAUUAUUAGCAAAUGAAACAAAUAAUGAACAAAUCAUUGUUUUACCAACAGUUCGUGAUUCACUUAAAAUUCGAAUUAGAGAUAAUGAGAAAUCUGGUACUCGAGCUGGAGACUUUCAUCCAAAUGGAUCUGGUUUCGUAAUUGAAUGGCAGAAUGAACGAAUUCCAGUAUUCCGUCCAGAUGUUGAAUGUACCAAUGGAAUCAUUCACGUAAUUGAUAGACCAUUUUUAAAAGAUAGCGAUAUUCAAGUAACUGGUGCAGCUGGUUCAAUCACCGCAUUAUGUAUAUUACCACAUCUAAUAAUGUGUUUCAUCGCAAAAUGGUUGCUACUUUAAUAAGUGCGUUUGUACAUAAAAUAUUAAUUUAAAACCAUCAAUCUAGAGAACUUCAAUUUAACACUUGCAAAUUGGAGUGAAAUUUUCGAAUUGAUUUCAAGCAAAUUAUAUUUCAGUUGAAAAAUUUUUAGCAUGCGAAUA